CGACGCCGCGGGUGCAGCCUCUGUCAACUCCCACUUCUGCUCUCCGGACGCCAUCCCCUACUCACCUCGAAGACAGUAUGAAGGAGACCCGGGGCGACGGCGGGGGCACCCCUUUCUGCACACGCCUCAACCACUCGUAUCCAGGCAUGUGGGCGCCUGAGCUCUCCGCCGAGGUGCGGAGCAACCUCACGCGCAUCCCAGGCCGCGAGGACUGCGGAUCGGUGUCAGUGGCCUUCCCGAUCACCAUGCUGAUCACCGGCUUCGUGGGCAACGCGCUGGCCAUGCUGCUCGUGUCGCGGAGCUACCGGCGCCGCGAGAGCAAGCGCAAGAAGUCCUUUCUGCUGUGCAUCGGCUGGCUAGCGCUCACAGACCUGGUCGGGCAGCUGCUUACCAGCCCGGUGGUCAUCAUGGUGUACCUGUCCAAGCAGGGCUGGGAGCAGCUAGACCCAUCCGGAAGACUAUGCACAUUUUUCGGUCUGACCAUGACUGUUUUUGGGCUCUCCUCGCUCUUCAUCGCCAGCGCCAUGGCCGUCGAGCGGGCGCUGGCCAUCCGGGCGCCGCACUGGUACGCGAGCCACAUGAAGACGCGUGCCACGCGAGCAGUGCUACUCGGCGUGUGGCUGGCAGUGCUCGCCUUUGCCCUGUUACCAGUGCUGGGCGUGGGCCAGUACACGAUCCAGUGGCCGGGGACGUGGUGUUUCAUCAGCACCGGGCGAGGAGGCAAUGGGACCGGCUCUCCACACAGCUGGGGCAACCUUUUCUUUGCCUCUACCUUUGCAUUCCUGGGGCUCUUGGCACUGGGUGUCACCUUUGCCUGCAACUUGGCCACGAUUAAGGCCCUAGUGUCCCGCUGCCGGGCCAAGGCCACGGCGUCUCAGUCCAGCGCCCAGUGGGGCCGGAUCACGACAGAGACGGCCAUCCAGCUCAUGGGAAUCAUGUGCGUGCUGUCUGUCUGCUGGUCACCGCUGCUGAUAAUGAUGUUGAAAAUGAUCUUCAAUCAGACAUCAGUGGAGCACUGCAAGACACACACGGAAAUGUAUAGAGAAUGCAACUUCUUCUUAAUAGCUGUUCGCCUGGCUUCACUCAACCAAAUCUUGGAUCCUUGGGUUUAUCUGCUGCUAAGAAAGAUCCUUCUUCGAAAGUUUUGCCAGAUAAGGUACCACACAAACAACUAUGCAUCCAGCUCCACCUCCCUACCCCACCAGUGUUCCUCAACCUUGAUGUGGAGUGACCAUUUGGAAAGAUAAUGAAAAAAUGAAGUUGGAUUUUUUAAUUGCAAUUCCUGUUCCCUGAGUUUGUGUAUUUCUUCCCACUCAAGAAGGAGAAUUUUGUAUUUUGAUUUGGAUUUUUUCUUCAUUUUUAUUUUAUUUAAAAUUUUUUUUGGUAGUAACACCCAGUAAGACACAAUUUGUUGUAAUCCAUGCCUAUGAAUAUAGAUUGGCUUCUUGGAUAGGAUUUUGAAAAUGCAUUUAAGAAGUUGGCCAGGAUUUCAAAGACAAUGAAUGGUGGAAAAUGUAAGAACAAGAAAGACCCCUGUUCUAGAAGUUUUGCUGAAUUUUAAACCUGCAUUCUAACCAAUGUAUACAGCUUUGCAUUCUAUAAUAGUUUUGAUUUGGCACUAUAUUUGAAAAAUCAGUGUAGGUUUUUGACAGUGAAAAGUCAACAUAAUGAAGACAAGAUUUCAAUUAAUAGAACAUGAAGUUAAUGAGAUAGACAAACAUGCCAAAUGAAAGCAAGAGGGUACCAAGAGAAAAGAUAUUAAUGCCAAAUGUGGAAUUAAUGUUUUAGAGGUAUUGUGUUUCUCUGACCUAAGCUUGGAACUAAAAGUUCCUAAGUCUGAAUUCCGGUUAUAUAUCAUUUAGUAACUCAAGAAUCUGCCUAACUGUUUUUUCUCUAUUUUGAAAGAUGAAGGAGUGAUGGAAGCUAAG